UUUAACCAAUCAAAAAAGAUUUGGACUCAAAUCUGCAGCAACAACAUUGAAACAGGGUUUUGAUUGUAGAUACUGCUCCCGAUCAAAUGUAAUGUAAGUAGUUACAUGGAAUUACAGUCCCCUCUCCCUCCAACGAUAAAUUAUUCACUUCUCUGCUUGCCCCUAGAUUGUAUCCCAUUCAAUUCAAGAAUAGAGAAUUGAUAGGAAAAUUCAUUGACCUGUGAUCUAGCUUAACUGUGGCUUUAGCUAUAAAGAGAUUGAUUUUAACUGUAAUACAUGUGAUGGUAAAAAAACACAAGGCUGAAGUUCAUAAUCUUCUUAAAGAUUCCCCCAAUCACAGGAGAUUACCAUGGAUGCAUGCUGCUCUUGUUUUGAUAUGCCUCAGGGGCAUGCAAUUGGAUGAGGGGGAAAUGCCGGUAGAUAGAAUGACUGUACCAGCCAUUUGACUUGACUUACUGCGUCACGGCUCCACUGUUAUACCUGCCCUGCAGAUAAACACUAAAAAUACAUCCCUCUUAAUCUUCUUAAGGGAGUGAGUAGGAGUUAGUCUCGCAGUGCUUGACGGACAACACAAACACAUGCACACACACAUACAAUGUUACAAAGUCUUAGAGGUCAGCUUAAUACCUGAGACGGUUCAAAGGGUGUUCGCGGUUUUCGGCUGCUUUAACUGUUCGGCCGCCCUACCGUUCCUGUGUUCUGCUUUGCCAUACAGCCGUCCUACUGUUCCUCUGGUUCUUGCAGUCCUUCAGCAGUCCUUCUGCAUGGUUUCUAAUUUGCAGUCAGUUUGCAACCCUCGUUGCUGGGCCGAGACCUUUGUUAGUAUCGACAUGCCAAACCUCAGCAGCCUGGGCAAGAUCUGUGGCUCCAGCCGGGGCGAGGAUAUGGUGGUGAUGGACAGAGCCAAGCGCAAGAAUUCGGUUAGGCGCAUGUCGAUUAUUGAGGAUGGUCAGAUUGCUGAGGUUCUCUACCUGAUUCCGAAACAAUCAAUGAUGGAGCAGCUUCCCUUCCUGAACCCCAACGAUUAUAUCCUGUGUGAGCGGAUGGUAGGCAUGCCGCCAGACAUGGGAUCAAUUGGACCAGUGUCCCAGGACCCUGCAGAGAAGCUGUGCAUCCAGUGCUACAAAUGUGGCGAGCCAUGCAAGGGAGAGGUGCUGCGGGUCCAGUCCAAGCAUUUCCACAUCACGUGCUUUACCUGCAAGGUGUGCGGGUGCGACUUGGCUCAGGGAGGUUUCUUCAUGAAGAACGGGGACUACCUGUGCACGUUGGACUACCAGCGACUCCAUGGCACAUGCUGCAAUGGCUGUGGGAGCUUUGUAGAGGGAGAGGUGGUCACUGCUCUCGGCAAGACGUACCAUCCAGCCUGUUUCGUCUGCACAAUCUGCAAACGACCAUUUCCUACUGGAGAUCGUGUCACCUUUAAUGGGAAAGACUGUCUCUGUCAACACUGCAUCCACCCUAUGUCCCCUACCCCCAAAGACAUCAGCAGCUCCAGCAACUGUGCAUGCUGUGGUAGGGACAUUAAGAAUGGCCAGGCCCUAUUGGCUCUGGAAAGACAGUGGCACCUUGGCUGCUUCAAGUGCAAGGCCUGUGGCAAAGUGCUGAGCGGGGAGUACAUCAGCAAGGAUGACACCCCCUAUUGCGAGAAAGACUACCAGAURCACUUUGGGGUCCAGUGUGAGGCCUGCAAUCAGUUCAUCACAGGGAAGGUUCUGGAGGCAGGUGACAAGCACUACCAUCCCAGUUGUGCAAGGUGCAGCAGAUGCAACCACAUGUUCACAGAAGGAGAGGAAAUGUACCUGCAAGGAUCUACAGUAUGGCAUCCAGACUGUAAGAACAAUAGCAGAGCUGAAGAGAAAUACAGGCCUACCAGGUCCUCGUCUGAGAGUAUCUGCUCAAGACCUGGCUCCAGCAUCUCAGGGUCCCCUGGUCACACGAUCUAUGUGAGUACCUACAGCAACUCUGCACACUACUAACUGGAGAUGCGACUGAAGGUUACACACUGGGGACUCCAAUGAAACAACAYUGUUCUUCUUAUACUUUCUUUAUUAUUGAUUGAUAUCACUCCAAGGUGUUCCCUAUUUAUUGCGCUGUAUCUAUGUGUUUGUUAUUUUGGGAGUAUUGUCAUGUACACUGUCCUGAGUUCUUUAUGGUUGUCUUGUCAUUGUCCUGUAUGUAUUUUGUACAAUAAACAAAUGUAAUAACAGCA